GUUGUCGACUCGGAAAGUAUCUUCUGGUCAACUCGUCGGUAUAACGACAUUUUAGGCCCCGUCAAAAAGUGAAGAAAAUCUGCAACAUCGCAACAUGGCGAAUCUUUUGGCUCUUCUGGUGAUCACCCUCGCUUGCGCGGUCGUCCACGCCCAGCAACUACCCAAUCAAAAGCCCGUUUUCGGUCAAACCUUCGACGAAAUUGUAGUCUCCUCGGACCUGAACGUUAGAAGAAAGUCCAAAGAAAACCGCGAAGGUAAAAGAUUGACGAACAUACCAUCGGGAACCACCGGCCCACCUGAAAAAUCCACCGUGGUCGCAUCCAGAUUCGUCUCCGACGACGGUACCCGGAUCACGUCGGAAAAAAAGCAACAGAAACGCGAAACUUCGGAUUCCCGGAAAAGGUAUCUGGACAUGGGCGUCGCGGGAUACUUGCUGAAAUCUCGAAAACGAUGAAAAUUCCACUCCGAGGACAACCGCACGAUCCUCACACAGCCAUCCCGACCAUACCCUUUCGGCUCACUUUUGG